GGCCACCUGACAGCGGCGGCGGUUCAUAAAGGACGCUACCAGCCGCUGGACGUGCCCCUCAUCGGCCGUCUGCGCAACGGUCCCCGGCCGACUGGGCAACCUCCGACGGGCGGACAGCGAGCUCGCCAGCCGACAGGGACGGCCUCCGACAGAGCGUCCGACAGUCGGCCGACAUGUCGGGCUUCAGCCUGCUCCUGCUCCUGGCCGGCCUGGCCGCCGCCGCGGCCGACACGCCGUUUACUGACUGCGGGUCCAGCAGCACCAUCAACACCCUGCAGCUGACCGGCUGCAAUGAGGUGCCCUGCAUUCUGCACAGGGGAAAAGAUCUGGUGAUGGACACCGACAUCACCGCAGCUUCGAGCAUCUCCAGCCUGACGUCGGAAGUUCAAGGCAUCAUCAGCGGCAUUCCGGUGCCCUUUUACAAAGACGACAAGGCGUGCGACAGCCUGACUUCGGCAUCGUGUCCCCUGGCGAGCGGCGACACCUUCGCCUACCAGGUGUCGUUCCCCGUGCUGAAGGAGUACCCGACCAUCCCUGUGCUGGUGCGCUGGGACCUGGUCGACGAGGCGGGCGGCGUCGUGGCCUGCGCCGAGAUCCCCUGCAAGAUCCAGUGAUGGGCGGGGUACUAUCGCGCAGCUGUGUGGACAGUACCCGACCAAGGGCGGCGCACUGUCGCACUGCUGCGGCGACAGUGCCUUACCAAGGGCGACGCACUGUUGCGCAUCUGCGAGGACGGUGCCUAGCCAAUCCAAACCAGCAGGCAGUGGACAGGGAGACUAAUGCACGCAUCCUCUAUUGUCCCGGAACUGUCAAAACAUCUGAUCUGAAGAUAGGACGCUUGAUUUGAUAUUGAUUCCGUAUUUAUUGCGCAGCUGAAUCUGUGUAUGCAAAUACACCGCGAUCACGCCU